GGUAGGGAAGAAAAACAAUAAACAAGCCAGCAUAAUACUUUUUUUUUUUAAGAAAACACAAGCCAGCAUACUAAGCAUAGUACUCAGUUCUAGGCAUUACUUACUGACACGUGUCAGCUUAAUAACCAGUAAAUAUGCCAGCAAUCAUCACCUCAUCUUCACUCUUAUCUCUCUUCCGGAUCCAACCCCAACAACUCGGAUCCGACCCGAUCAAGGCCUCGGUUCGCUGCUCCUCAUCAACCAUGGACCCGCCAAAGAGAGUGAUUGUCUGCGGCGGCGGAAUCAUCGGCGUCUGCACCGCCUACUUCCUAUCCAAAACAGGCGUCGCCGUCACGCUAGUCGAGAAAUCCUCAAUCGCCUGCGCCGCCUCCGGCAAGGCUGGCGGCUUCCUCGCCCUAGACUGGUGCGACGGCGGGCCGGUCUCCUCCCUCGCGCGGGCCAGCUUCAAUCUCCACCGCUCGUUGGCGGAGGAGCUCAACGGCGCGGAAUCGUACGGCUACCGCCCCGUCACCACCCUCAGCCUAUCAAUCGCGGAGACGACGUCGUCCGCGUCAGCACAAUUGAGCGGAAAGCCCAGCCCGAUUAUCCCGUCUUGGGUCGACGGGCCGGCCAAAAGCCCGAGGAUUAUUGGGACGGCGGAGACGACGGCACAGGUGCACCCGCAACUGUUUACGAAAACGCUGGCGGGGAAGGCGGUAGAGGAGUACGGGUUGGAGGUAGUUAUUGGGAAAGUAGAGAGUGUGGAGGCGGCGGGAGGGGUGGCGAAAGCAGUGGUUCUGCUGGAUGGGCGGCGGAUUGAGGGCGAUGCGGUGGUGUUGGCGCUUGGGCCGUGGAGUGGGAAGUUUGGGCUUUUGAGGUCCAUUUUUAGAGUGAGUGGGCUUAAGGCCCAUAGUAUUGUGUUAGAACCCAAAGAUGCUUUUUCAAUUUCGGCCCAUGCUUUGUUUCUCAGUUAUUAUGCGGCCCAAGGUGGAAAGCCCAUGGAUCCCGAGGUUUAUCCACGUCCCACUGGGGAAGUGUACAUAUGUGGGAUGUCGGCAGAGGCGGAGGUACCCGAUGAUGCGGAGCAGAUAGCCGCGGUGCCGGAAGCUAUUGUGGUGCUCAAGAGCGUAGCGAGGAGCGUGUCAAGCAAGUUGUCGGAAGGGGAGGCUACAGUGAAGGCGGAGCAGGCGUGCUUCUUGCCCUGCACCGACGACAGUGUGCCCGUCAUUGGGGAAGUUCCAGGGCUCAAGGGAUGUUACGUGGCAACGGGCCACAGUUGUUGGGGAAUUCUCAACGGCCCGGCCACCGGUGCCGCCAUGGCUGAGCUUGUCCUAGAAGGCCGUGCAGCUAUUGUUGAUCUUACCCCCUUUAGUCCUUGUAGGUUUCUUUCUGCCUGAAAAUGGUACAAAAUACUUUGUUUAUUUGUACAUCAUUUUAGACUAGUUUUGAGGUGCAUUUUUGUGAAAUAAUUGUGUUCAAUUAAUAACUCAUAUGCAAGUAUCAUCAACUUUAUUAA